UGARAAAUGAGGUGCUCUGUUUAGUAGCAACCACUCAUGCAUCACAAAAAGCCUCUUGGCUUCAACAGAGUUAGUAAAACAGGAGAACAGUCUGCUUUAAAAAAUAGUACAGCUGAUUCAAUCUAACUGGACAGGUGGAGAAUAGACGUUGACCUGCAGUAGCUUGAAUUAAGGACUAUUAUUGAAACCUAAAAACAACAACCGCUCUCUGAUGAUUGGAUCAUCAAUCUGCGCUCUGAUUGGUCCACUGGACUGUCACUCAGGGUUCAUUUAAGUGGAGGAUUUACGCAUAGCGACUAAUCUUCGCUUCAGGUUACAGACGCGCAGGAUUUGUGCCGCAGAGCGGAGACGCAGAGGGAGCAUCUGUUGGAAUAACGUUGCAUCCGGUGGAGAAAGCAGCUCGUUUCUGCCCCUCAUUGAACACAGAAGUCCAUGGAGCCUCAGUGGGUGUCGUGACUGCUCCUCACCGCCUCUCACUCUGCAGAAGAUUCCGCGGUGAAGUUGCCGCAGCAUCCAUCCCCCGGCAGAGCGCGCGCUCCAUCCUCCCGCAAACACCAUGGGCACCGUCCUCUCCAUAUCUCCCGCGACCAAGAAGGCGUCCAUCAUCGACGCCGAGGCCACGGGGGACGCGCUCAAGAACGACAAGAGCCUCAAGCGGCACUCGAUGUUUGUGUCCCUGUCCUGGAAGAAGCUGGUGGCCAAUUCGGCGAAGAAGAGCGCGAAGAAAGUGACCCCGAACCCGCUGCCCGCGCGCGAGCUCCCCUCCAGCCAGGCAGUGGCGCAGCUCAACACCGAAAACAGCAGGAAGACGCACCAAACCGAGGAGAGGAAACCGAAGGCCCCCAUCCCGGUCCCGGUGCCCAGGGUGCCCACGCUGAACGGUGACGGCGCGGUCCAGAACGGGAGGCUGUCCACGGUCCAGAAGCAGCCCAGCAGCUUCUCUCUGCUGUCGCCCAGACGGAUCGUGAUCCAGGCKUCCACCGGGGAGUUGCUCCGGUGUUUGGGGGACUUCAUGUGCCGCAGGUGCUACAAGCUGAAAGAGUUAAACAGCGGCGAGGUGGUGAUCUGGUUCCGGAACAUCGACCGGACUCUGUUGAUGCAGGGCUGGCAGGACAUCGGCUUCAUCACGCCGGCCAACGUGGUGUUCGUGUACCUGCUGUGCCAGGACGCGAUCACGGACAGCAUCGMGAGCCCGGCCGAGCUGCAGGGCGCSUUCCAGACCUGCCUCUACCUCGCCUACUCCUACAUGGGCAACGAGAUCUCGUACCCGCUCAAGCCCUUCAUCAUCGAAUCCAACAAGGACGUGUUCUGGGAGACCUCGCUGCGCAUCAUCGGCCGCCUGAGCGCCAAAAUGCUGCAGCUGAACGCGGACCCGCACUUUUUCACCGAGGUCUUCCAGGACCUGAAGAACCAGCGCGACUCCAGCGAAUCGAACCUGGACCGCUGACACGGUGGGACCCGAGCAACAAAUGGAUGAAUGUAAAAACAGGUGACUGCGGGAAGGCCGGGGAUGAAGGCUUCUCCACGUCUGGGCUCAACACGUCCAUCAUUAAUGUUACACAACUUCAAUCAAUAUGGUGUUUAGGUUACAACGUGAAAAAAAAA